AAGUAUCAGUAGCUUCUCAGCCUUAGCUCACUCCAUUGGAAUUACGUUCCCCCAAACAACUCUUAAGCAUCAUGUCUGCCAAAAUUGUGAUCUGUCUGGCCAUCUGCGCCCUGAGCUCGGUUUCUGCCGGAGUUAUUCCCGUCGCCGCACCGUUGGCCGCAGCCGGUGUUGUGGCACCGUACGCCACUUCCUACAAUGCUCACACAGUCAAUCACGCAGUGGCUGCUCCAAUUGUGGCCGCCUCCCCAUUGGUGGCCCCGGCGGCAAGACUUGUGGCCGCUCCCGCUGCUGCUCCCCUAGUAUCAUCGCCAUUUGCCUACACUGCCGCUGGAUUGCCCGCCUAUAGCGCAUACACCGCAUACACCGCAUUCAACGGACUGCCCGCUAGCUAUGUGCUCUAAGAUACCGCCAAGUGUACCGUGUAAACGAACUGAACUGAAACAUGCCCAUUCCUAUGCUGGCGAGCACAAAUAGAGAAUCUUCUAGGCUGUCCCAUCACCGCGCUGUCAGACGUGGCAGACAAUCUGUUGUAAAUAUUUUUCACUGUUAGUUUUUACACAACCGCAAUAUACCUUGAAACAAGAA